AUGGCAGUCGCUUUGCAGCUGGUGAGUUUCUCUGUCGCUCUGCUUUCCACCGUGUUUCUGGGGGCAGCUACCUGGUCAGACUGCUGGAUAGUGAAUGCUGAUGAUAGUUUAGAGGUCAGCCACAAAUGCCAAGGGCUUUGGAGAAAGUGUGUCACUAACGUGCAAGAUGGCAUUAAGACCUGUGACCAGUACGAUUCCAUUUUAGCAGAACAUCCCAUGAAAAUUGUGGUGACCAGAGCUUUGCUGAUCACGGCUGACAUGCUUUCGGGAAGCGCUCUGGUUCUCCUGGUGGCAGGAUUUGACUGCAUCAAGUUCUUCCAGGAUGAGCCACAAAUUAAGCAGAAGAUGCAUUAUGCGUCCGGAUUGGCACUUGGCAUUGGAAGUGUGCUUGGGUUGGUGGGCUCCCUCUGGUACGCCGUCAACGUCUAUAUGGAGAGAGCCGCCCUCGUGCCCCACAACAUCUUCUUGGAUGCCCACCAGGACUUUGGCUGGUCUUGCUGGCUAGGACUGAUCGGCUCGGCGGGAAACUUUGCGGCGUGCAUUAUCCUCUCGUGCUGCCUUCAUUGUUCCUCUUCAGGUCAGUGA